CCACCAAGCAGCCAUAAAUCUAAAAAUUGAUGGGACCACGCUUGAAUCGGACCCACGGCCCUGGAUCCUAAGCUGGUUAUGUCUGAUCAUUUGUAAGAAGUACGACAAAAAGCCUUAGAAAGAUUGAAGGUCAUAAAGCUAAUGGCGCGGUAAGGUCGCAAAUCAAGUUAACGCCUCGCAUACGUCUCUAAUGGGCUUAGACUUUAAAAAAAAAGGAUGUCUUCGCCCCACCCCACCCCACCGGCUAACAGGGGAGCGACAUAAUAUAAAGAUCGGUGUUUUAAUUUUAAUUAUAUAGAUAUUUAAUUGAUUCUGUUACCAAGCUGUGAUUUCUACAAAUAAAUUAGAACGCCCCCCCCCCAGAUCGAAAGUUUAUGCCAUCGCCAACUCCCCAUCCCACCAGAUAGGCCAACAUACUAAAUGGGGGGGGGGCGAAAUAAUCUAGAAGCAGGUUGAAAAAUAAUUAAUUAGUAUAUAUUAUUAACAUAACUAAUAAAUUCGUACACAGAUUGUGUGAUUUCUUUACUAAAAUUCGUUCCCGAAGGGGUGGGGGAGCUGAGGGGGGGGCGAUUGCUCCUACCUCCCCCCCUGGAUCCGCCAAUGAAUUGGGGCCAUUGUGUUUAGCCCUUUCAGGCCCCUUAAAGUUUGUCCCUUACUGGCCUCCACUAGGGCUUUAUCUUUGCCCCCUGAUUGUGCCCAGAAUCGCUCUUUAAGGGCCCCCAUUUGAGCGACGAUCAACCCCCGAAAUAGGGCCCAUGUCUUUAGCCCUUUCAGGCCCCUCAAUGUUUUCCCCUGAUAAUGGCCCCAUGUCUGUUUAUCAGGAAUUCAUCUGGGCCAACUUACUGAGCCCAGGCUUACCUCUAAAGGCACCCUUUCGGGCCAACAUUAAUCCCUAAGUGGGUCACAUGUGUUUAGCCCUUUCAGACCCCUCAAUGUUCGCCCCUCUUACUGUCCCCACUUCAGUUUUGUCAGGACUUCAAUGUUUGCCCCUCUUACUGGCCCCUCGUGGGUUUUAACCGGAAUUUAUCUGGGCCCCCUAACUGAGCUACUAAGCCCAGACUCACCAUUUAGGACCCCUGUUGUUUGGUUCAAUUUUCACCCCCCAAAUGCAGCCCAUGAGUUGUAGCCUUUUCAGGCUUCUCAAUAUUUGCCCCAUUACUGGCCCUAUGAGGGUUUCAUCUGGGUCCCCCGACCCCAAGUUCACCCCUAAUGGCACCCUUUUGGACCAAUAUUAAUCCCUAAAUGGGUCACAUGUGUUUAGCCCUUUCAGACCCCUCAAUGUUCGCCCCUCUUACUGUCCCCACCGGUUUUAUCAGGCCUUCAUUGGGCCCCCUAACUGAGCACAGACUCACCAUUUAGGACCCCUGUUUUUUGGGCCAAUUUUCAUCCCCCAAAUGGAGCCCAUGAGUUAUAGCACUUUUAGGCUUCUCAAUGUUUGCCCCCUUACUGUCCCUAAAAGGGUUUCAUCUGGGCCCCCUGAGCCCAAGCUCACUCCUAAGGGCCUGCUUGGGUCAACGUAUGCCUUCAAUUAGGGCCAUUGUGUUUAGCCCUUUGAGGCCCCUUGAAGUUUGCUCCUUACUGGCCUCCACUAGGGCUCCAUCUGGGCCCCAUGAUAGUGCCCACAAUCACCCUUUAAGGACCCCCAUUUGAACAAUGAUGAUCCAAAAUGGGGGCCAUGUUUUUAGCCCUCGCAGGCCCCUCAAUGUUCGACGCUCUUACUUGGUUUUAUCCGAAAUUCAUCCGACCCCCCUAUCUGAGCCAAGGCUCACCUUUCAGGGCACCCUUUUAAUCUAACAUUAAUCGCUAAAUGGGUCCCAUGUGUUUAACCCUCAAUGUUCGCCCCUCUUACUGGCCCCGCAUGGCUUUUAUCCUGAAUUCAUCUGGGACCCUAUCUGAGCCCAAACUCACCCUUAAGGACCCCUAUUGUUUGGGCCAAUUUUCAUCCCCCAAAUAGAGCCCAUGAGUUACAGCUCUUUCAGCUUUCUCAAUCUGUGCCACUAUCUGAGCCCAAGCUCAACCCUAAGGGCACCUGUUUUGGGUCAAUGUUUGUUCCCCAGAUGGUGCCCAUAAAUUAAGCACUUUCAGGCCCCUCAAUGAUCACCCCUCUUACUGGCCCCACAUGGGUUUCAUCAGUGCCCCUUAAUUGAGCCCAUGCUAACCCCUAACAGCAGAAUGGGGCACAUGUGUUUAGCCAUGUCAGACAUCUCCAAGUUUGCCCCUUACAUACAGUAGUGGGCAUAGAUCAAUAAAAAAAAUGUAUAGAUCUAUCAUACUAGGUUUAGAUUUGUGUGUGUGUGUGUGUUUGUGUGAAAGAAAAAAAACAAUUUAAAUACCAUCUAGAUCUAUAUAUGGACUAAUGAUUACAUUUUAAAUAGAUCUAUUUAGUAAUAUUUUGAUUACGAUUUAAAUUAAAUAAAGUUGAAAUCUAAAUUGGCCUACUAGCCUAUAAGUCUUAUCUACAUCUAUCUGAAACUAUUGAGUGUUGUCAGUAACUGUUGACGCAAGUCUUCUAUACUGUACUCUUGUAAAGAAAAAAUAAAUAAAUCCAAUUUUAAUAAUAAACAUACCAGUACCAGUGUACCAUACACACGUUCACGUGCUAAUGAAAUAAUGCAUCAACAUAUAACAGAAAUUAAAAAAAAACAAAAAAAACACAAAGACAGAUCCUUAACAUUUUAUUAAGACAUAUUAAUUCUUAAGAGUAAAGAAAAAAAAAUCAUUACAAAAAAAAAUUAGAUCUAGAAAUAAUCUACAUUUGCUCUAUAAUUUGCACUAGAUCUAGUAAAUGUAUGGGUUGUUUAAAUAAAAUAGAUCUACAUUUUCAAACGCUAUCGAACUUUUUCAGAACUAUAUUUUAUAGUUGGCAACAAAAGAGAACUCAUUUUAUUUUAUUUUUUGGUUUGAGUGGUAUAUAUCUAAUUUAUCGGUAACCAACCAAGCCAAUCUGGCAACAGUUGCAGUUUGUAAAUAUUGACGCUCAUUGCGGAAAUUGCCAGUUUUAUACCAGAUUGUUCUUAUUUAAUGAUUUGAUUAUAAUACAGACGUCGAGACGUUACUUCAAAAAAGAAGAUACACUUGAGUCACUUGACUUACGACUUAGUCUUAGACUAAGUUAGACGUCUUAGACUUUAGACUUAGACGACUUACUCACUUAGUCACCGACUUACUCACUUAGUCACCGUGAGUUACUAAUUAACUUUUCAAAGUGAAAUGUCAGAAGCAGCCCAAGAUGACUUAUGGCUAGGAUUAGAUCUUGGCACAACAUCUGCUAAGGCAGUGCUCCUAGGUUCAAACGGAGUGGUCUUGGCAUCCCAGAGUUGUCCCACAUGUUCAGAGGUUGCUAGUGAUAUUGGAGACAGAGGUUAUGAGCAAAGUCCCAUCCAAGUUCUGAAGGUGUUGAAUAAAUUAGUUUUAUCUCUAGUGAAGGAAAACAAAAUGAAAAUUACAGGAAUUGGUGUCACUGGUCAAAUGCAUGGAGUAAUGUUUUGGGGCAAAGGCAGUGAAGAUAUAAGCAGCUUAGAUCAUGUGGACAAUUCUGUCACAAGUAACUUGUUUACAUGGCAGGACCAGAGAUGCACAGGUCAAAUUUUAGAAACACUUCCUAAAAUUGACCAGUCCUUGUCAACUGGGUUUGGCUGUGCCACCAUGUUCUGGCUUGCUAGAAACCGUCCUGGUUUCUUCAAAGAUGGGCAGUACACAUGUUGUGGAUCUAUCGUGGAUUAUUUGGUCGCCGUCUUGUGUGGAUUGGACCAUCCUGUUACGUCGGAUCAGUUGGCAGCCAGCUUUGGCUAUUUCGAUGAGACCUUGUGCCAUUGGAGCUCCAUUUUGCAAGAAGAUAAAGAGUUUCCAGUUCACCUUUUGCCUACGAUUGUCAGGUCGGGUGAGAAAGUAGGUCAAGUUAAUAGUUCAUUCCAAGAUUGGCCGACUGAUGUUCCUGUCUAUGUGGGCAUGGGAGAUGUCCAGUGUGCAAUGUACGCUGCCUUGUCCAGCCCUCAACAUGCUGUUGUCAAUAUCAGCACAUCUAUACAGCUGGGCUUUGUCAUCCCAGAGAUUGAUAUGCCGAGGGUCAAACAGGAAUGUCCCGAAAGCAUUGCCUUCUUUCCAUAUUUCUUUGGUCAGAAACUGGCCUUGUUUGCUGGUCUUAAUGGAGGCAAUGUCAUCCAGCAUUUGGUGGAGAGCUUGAUCAAGUGGUUUCAGGACUUAGGUAUUCACAGUGAUCUAAGUGCUACAACUCUCUUACCUCGACUGCAACAGUUGGCAGAUUUAGAAAUCAAUCGUGAUACAAGUCUUUCCAUUAGCCCUAUACUGUUUGGUGAACGGCAUGACCCAGGAAUGUGUGGCCACAUAAAGGGCAUUACAUCCACAAAUGUGGGCAACAUUGGGGCAGUGUUCAAGGCAGUGAGUGAAGGGCUGGUGGACCACCUCCACGCCAUGGUGCCCACCAAGUUCUUGACCAACAUGGGCAUACACAGCCUGAUCAUCUCUGGCUCUGUGCCGGUCAACAACAUCAUCGUUAGAGAGAGAUUAAACCAGUUGUACUCUGAACUUGAGCUCACUAUGGACUGCGAAGGUCAAGAUGCGGUAGGGUCAGCCGUUGGAGCAGCCAAGUUUGUGAGAGACUGUCAGCUUAAAUGUUACUCUUGAGGUUUCAUCUGUCUUGACGUCUUAAAAAUAAACAUUUAGAACAGA